AAACUAAAAAUAUUACAUGCAUGUUAAAAAAAAUCCCUCCGAAAUCAGAGGUGGCAUCUAGUCCUGAACUUGCGACGGCGACUGUGGGCCGAGUCCGCGGUUUGUCUCUCUCUCUCUCUCUCUCCAUGCACACGGCAUGCCUCUAACCUGCGCCUCAUCGCUCCGCUUAACGUUUGCAGGUAUUCCAAGGCUUCGCGCAUUGGAUCUUAUCACAGCAAGAACGAUUUGGUCUAAGCGACUCCUUUGUUAUCCAUCCUCAUCUGCAAAACCUAGUGAAUCCAUGGAUAUCAAAACAAAAACUGGGAAGGUUGUUGUAAAGGAACGUCUGUCGAAAGGUAGCAAAGUGGAACCUGAUAUCAUUGGGGAAGAUUUGGGUACAAUUGAAAGAAUGACGGUUCAGGAACUCCGAUCGAAGUUAAGGAGUGUUGGGGUCCCCGCCAAAGGUUGUAAGAGUGAUCUCGUGUCUACCUUGAGGGAUUUCCUAAACAGUAAAGUAGAAGGCAAGGGUUCUCUGGUGCUAGAUGGUCAGCAGUUCUCUGGAACAAAAUCUAAGCUUAGUAAAACAGAUACAUUGAAGUGGAAGACAAAGAGUUCAGCUGUUGAAGAGCAUGCUCAGGAGUUAAACACAGUUUCGGAGGUUUCUGAAAUUCAAUCUCCUAAGAGAAGAGUCAAACAGGUCAAAGUAACAAAUAAUGAUAAGGAAGUCAAAACUACCCUUUUGGCAACGCCACAUAAGCUAUCUAUCAAAAUUGAUGAAGUUUCAGAAAAAGAACCCUCCCGGUUGAAGAGAAAAGCACACCCAGAAGAUGCUAUUGGAGUUGGAGCUUCUGGUGAGGUUAAUCUCUCGAUAGACCAGAAGGAGCCCUGGACAGUUUUUGCCCACAAGAAGCCACAGAAGGGGUGGAAAGUAUACAAUCCCAGGACUAUGAGGCCGCCUCCACUUAGCGCUGAUACUAAAUCUGUGAAGUUAAUGUCUUGGAAUGUCAAUGGGUUAAGAGCUUUACUGAAGCUAGAGGGUUUCUCGGCUCUACAACUUGCACAAAGAGAAGAUUUUGAUGUGUUGUGCUUGCAAGAGACCAAACUACAGGAGAAGGAUGUUGAGGCAAUCAAACAAAAUCUCCUUGAAGGCUAUGAGAAUAGCUUUUGGACUUGCAGUGCCUCCAAACUUGGCUAUUCUGGUACUGCAAUUAUCUCACGGAUAAAGCCACUUUCCGUCACAUAUGGCCUAGGUGUAUCAGAUCACGAUGGUGAAGGAAGGCUUGUUACUAUGGAGUUUGAUACAUAUUAUCUGUUAAAUGCAUAUGUACCUAACUCCGGAGAUGGAUUAAAACGACUGUCAUACAGGGUUACAGAGUGGGAUUCAUCUCUCAGCAGUUACAUGAAAGAGCUAGAAAAGUCAAAGCCUGUCAUUUUGACUGGUGAUCUGAACUGUGCUCAUGAGGAGAUUGAUAUUUAUAACCCUGCUGGAAAUAGAAGAAGUGCUGGUUUUACUGAUGAAGAAAGGCAAUCAUUUGAGACAAAUUUCUUAGCUAAAGGUUUUGUUGAUACCUUCAGGGAGCACCAUCCUGGUAUUGUUGGGUACACAUACUGGGGUUACAGGCAUGGUGGACGCAAAACCAAUAGAGGAUGGCGUCUUGACUACUUCCUUGCCUCCAAAUCCUUAUUUAGCCAGGUUCAUGACUCUUACAUUCUACCAGAUGUUACCGGCAGUGAUCAUUGUCCUAUUGGCCUCGUCCUCAAGAUCUAGCUUUUCGCAACGUCGUUUGGAAGCUGGAACCUUUUCUCCUCGAGGCGACUGUGAUUGUUUUGUUUGGAAAAAAACAAAGAAAGCACAUUGUAAAGUAAAAUAUCCUGUGGAGCUGGUGGCAAAAAUCAUACAAGAACGAACCAAACUGAAAGUUCAUUUUAGGUGUUGAAAGAGCUACUGGGCACGUUCCAGCAGGGUUUUGAUUUUGUUAUCCUUGGUCUAGUUUGUUGCCUAAGUAAUAUAAGUCAUCAAAAGCCAAGGACGUGCAAAUUGAAGUCUGGGAGCUGGGAGAGUUCAAGAUGCUUUUUGAAAUUCUGUGCAGAAUUAUAUUGGGAUCUUGGAUGGUGGUUUAUUUUCGCUUCUGAUGGCGCAGCAUUGCUUCUAGAGUUCACUCCAUUUGAGCUGUAAUAGCAGUAAUGGGAUCCAGGCCUCAGGCUUGCUUUUUUUUUUUUUUUUUUUUUUUGGGGGGGUCUAACGGAAAUUCAGGCCUCAGGCUUUUUGCACCAUUUAUAUGUGGAUGCUGCAUCUAGUGGAUUGCAACGAUGUUCUGCUGUUUUUGCUUUCCUCCGGGAAAAAAAAAUCUAAAGCUCUGUUUGGAAGUUUGGAACUUGAGAAGAGAAGUGGCAAGGAAAGGAACAUAAAUUAUCCUUCGUUGUUUUGGCACGGUACCGAGCACAGUACAACUUAACAUUUUCCUCCUUUCCUAUUUUUUGUUUCUCUAAAUUCCAAACAAGGCUUAAAAGAUUGGACUAAACGAUGAAGAUCAUGGCUGUGCCAAUUGUGGCUUUCUCAUAUUUCAUAUUCAUUUUGAAUCUCUGAUCUUA